CCGGAAGCUGGCGCCGUUGGGAUCGCGCCUGCGCGGUGCGGUGUCGUGGGUUGUGGCGCGCGGCGGAGGUCCUGGGUCCGGGAUUUCGUCGUCGAAGUGGUCCCGCUGGCUCGGUGAGCGCAGAGGCGACGGGGCCUGGGAGCCCGUCCGACAGCAUGCCCGAGAUCAGGGUCACUCCCCUGGGAGCUGGCCAGGAUGUGGGCCGAAGCUGCAUCCUGGUCUCCAUCGGGGGCAAGAAUGUCAUGCUGGACUGCGGAAUGCACAUGGGCUUCAAUGACGACAGGCGCUUCCCUGAUUUCUCGUACAUCACCCGCAAUGGCCGGCUGACCGACUUCCUGGACUGUGUGAUCAUCAGCCACUUCCACCUGGACCACUGUGGGGCACUCCCCUACUUCAGCGAGAUGGUGGGCUACGACGGGCCCAUCUACAUGACCCACCCCACCCAGGCCAUCUGCCCCAUCCUGCUGGAGGACUACCGCAAGAUUGCCGUGGACAAGAAGGGCGAGGCCAACUUCUUUACCUCCCAGAUGAUCAAAGACUGUAUGAAAAAGGUGGUAGCUGUCCACCUCCACCAGACGGUCCAGGUGGAUGAUGAGCUCGAAAUCAAGGCCUACUAUGCAGGCCACGUGCUGGGGGCAGCCAUGUUCCAGAUUAAAGUGGGCUCAGAGUCUGUGGUCUACACGGGUGAUUAUAAUAUGACCCCGGACCGGCAUUUGGGAGCUGCCUGGAUUGACAAAUGCCGCCCCAACCUACUCAUCACAGAGUCUACAUAUGCCACGACCAUCCGGGACUCCAAGCGCUGCCGGGAGCGAGACUUCCUGAAGAAGGUCCACGAGGCUGUGGAGCGUGGCGGGAAGGUGCUGAUCCCUGUGUUUGCGCUGGGCCGCGCUCAGGAGCUCUGCAUCCUGCUGGAGACCUUCUGGGAGCGCAUGAACCUGAAGGCCCCCAUCUACUUUUCCACGGGCCUCACGGAGAAGGCCAACCACUACUACAAGCUCUUCAUAACCUGGACCAACCAGAAGAUCCGGAAGACCUUUGUCCAGAGGAACAUGUUUGAGUUUAAGCACAUCAAGGCUUUCGACCGAGCAUUUGCUGACAACCCGGGUCCGAUGGUUGUUUUUGCCACACCAGGCAUGCUGCAUGCCGGCCAGUCCCUGCAGAUCUUCCGGAAGUGGGCAGGGAAUGAGAAGAACAUGGUCAUCAUGCCUGGCUACUGCGUGCAGGGAACCGUGGGCCAUAAGAUCCUCAGUGGGCAACGCAAGCUGGAGAUGGAGGGGCGGCAGGUGCUGGAGGUCAAGAUGCAGGUGGAGUACAUGUCCUUCAGUGCCCAUGCCGAUGCCAAGGGUAUCAUGCAGCUGGUGGGCCAGGCGGAGCCUGAGAGCGUGCUGCUGGUGCAUGGGGAGGCCAAGAAGAUGGAGUUCCUGAAGCAGAAGAUUGAGCAGGAGUUCCGGGUCAGCUGCUACAUGCCAGCCAACGGUGAGACGGUGACACUGCCCACAAGCCCCAGCAUCCCUGUAGGCAUCUCGCUGGGGCUGCUGAAGCGGGAGAUGGCACAGGGGCUUCUCCCUGAUGCCAAAAAGCCCCGGCUCCUGCAUGGCACUCUGAUCAUGAAAGACAGUAACUUCCGGCUGGUGUCCUCAGAGCAGGCCCUCAAGGAGCUGGGUCUCGCCGAGCACCAGCUGCGCUUCACCUGCCGUGUCCAUCUGCACGACCCUCGCAAGGAGCAGGAGACAGCCGUGCGCGUCUACAGCCACCUGAAGAGCGUCCUCAAGGAGCACUGCGUGCAGCACCUUCCCGACGGGUCCGUGACCGUGGAGUCCAUCCUUAUCCAAGCCGCGGCCCACUCCGAGGACCCAGGCACCAAGGUGCUGUUGGUCUCCUGGACCUACCAGGAUGAAGAGCUGGGAAGUCACCUCACGUCACUGCUCAAGAAGGGCCUACCCCAGGCCGCCAGCUGAUCACCAGCCAGAGGGCCCUAGGCUUCCCUCUAGAGCCAUGUCUGUGCCUCAGGUCUUCCCUGUGUCCCUGGAUGUGGAGCCCACGGCUGGUCACAGCACUUGUCUGUGAGGACACAACCAGCAUUAUGUGCCUACGUGAUUGGCCAGUUCUCGCUGAGGAAAGAAAUAGGCCUGGGGACUUCAUCACCCUUUAUUUCUAUUCCUGAGCCCCCAAGAGAUGGGUGGUUGCUCCUGAAGUAUUUUGUCCAGUAAAAAGAGAACCAAAGACCA